AUGCUGGGUCCCCAACUAGGCGCUGGGGGCUCCGCCCAAGUCUUUCGGGGCUCGUGGAAGGGGCAGGAGGUGGCUGUGAAGCGAAUCACUGCGGUGGCUCAUUUGGAGGCCAUGAAGAAGGAGGUGGACGCCUUGCGCAAGCUGCGACACCCGCGGCUGGUGCGCUUCAUCGGGGCCUGUCUGCAACCACCCUUGCUGCUGGUGGUCACGGAGUUCAUGGCUGGUGGUUCCCUCCACGACCGCCUCUUUGGCAGAUCUGCCCAACAGCCACCGCUGGCUCCGCGGCAGCGGUGGCUCAUCGCUUGUCAUACGGCGGAGGGCUUAGCAUUUCUCCACUCCCACCGCGUGGUUCAUCGAGACUUGAAGUCGAUGAACAUCCUGCUGGACUCCAGACAAAAUGCCAAGAUUUGCGACUUUGGCUUGGCUCACCAGAUGUGUAUGGAGUCCACGCACAUCGCGCGCAAAUUGGACGGCGAGGGUGGCUCACCACGCUACAUGGCGCCGGAGUGCUACGAUGCCUCCCUGGGCAAGUUGACGGAGAAAGUGGACAUUUGGGCGGCUGGCUGUAUCCUUAUCGAACUCUUUGGUGGCAUUUUGCCCUACGCCGACUGCCAGACCAUGCCGCAGCUUACUGCGAGGAUCCUAGUCGAGAAGCGGCCGCCGGACGUGCCGCCGCAAACCAAUCCGCAGAUCAUCGGACUGGUGGGUCGAUGUGUGAUGUUCGACCCCUCUUGGCGAAUCAGCGCCCUG